AUGGUAACUUUUUUACUGCACUUAUUACAAAAUGAAUUAAAGGGGCCCCUGGUGGCACAGUGUGUUAAAGCGCUGAGCUGCUGAACUUGCGGACCAAAGGUGCCAGGUUCACAUCCUGGGAGCGGAAUGAGCGCCUGCUGUUAGCCCCAGCUCCUGCCAACCUAGCAGUUCGAAAACAUGCUAAUGUGAGUAGAUCAAUAGGUAUCUCUCAGGAGGGAAGGUAACAGCGCUCUAUGCAUUCAUGCCGGCCACAUGACAUUGGAGGUGUCUACGGACAAUGCCGGCUCUUCGGCUUAGAAAUGGAGAUGAGCACCAACCCCCAGAGUCGGUCACGACUGGACUUAACGUCAGAGGAAAACCUUUACCUUACCUAUAGGUAGUACAGAAUUUUGGCAACUACCAAAAAAGUUAGUCAUGAUGGCAUAAAUAUGGACUUAACACCUUUUUGAGACGGUGCCCACCAGUAUUUUUAUGAAGCUCAAAAAUAGAGUUGGCUGCUUGACUUUUUGCAAUCAAUCGUCCUUUUUUAAUCCAACUAGUAGUCAUCUGUAAAGACAACAUUCAUUCUAACAUGUAUAAAUACAGUAGAGUCUCACUUAUCCAAGACUCACUUAUCCAAGGUUCUGGUUUAUCCAAGGCAUUUUUGUAGUCAAUUUUUUCAAUAUAUCGUGAUAUUUUGGUUCUAAAUUCAUAAAUACAGUAAUUACAACAUAACGUUACUGCGUAUUGAACUACCUUUUCUGUCAAAUUUGUUAUAUAACAUGAUGUUUUGGUGCUUAAUUUGUAAAAUCAUAACCUAAUUUGAUGUUUAAUAGGCUUUUCUUUAAUCCCUCCUUAUUAUCCAAGAUAUUCGCUUAUCCAAGGUUCUGCCUGCCCGUUUAGCUUGGAUAAGUGAGACUCUACUGUAUGUGAGGGGAAGUCAUAGGGAGGAGGGAGCAAGCUUGUUUUCUGCUGCUCUGGAGACUAUAACGUGGAACAAUGACUUUAAACUUCAGGAAAGGAGAUUCCACCUGAACAUUAGGAAGAACUUCCUCACUGUGAGAGCUGUUCAGCACUGGAGUGUGGUGGAGGCUCCUUCUUUGGAGGCUUUUAAGCAGAGGCUGGAUGGCCAUCUGUCAGGGGUGCUUUGAAUGCAAUGUCCUGCUUCUUGGCAGGGGGUUGGACAGGAUGGCCCAUGAGGUCUCUUUCAACUCUAUGAUUCUGUGAUUCUAUAAGGAUUAAAAUAUAACAUAAAAUUAAUGGGUUCCGUAGGGAAGGAUGUACAGACAGCACCACAGAGAGCUAAAUAGAAAGCUGUAUAUUUUGAGGCAGCAUUUUCUAUUUAGCCUAGUCCUAAAUUUCACUUUUAUACUGCUGACAUUUAAGAGAAUUGUGGGGCAUUUUUCAUACUAAGCUUCAACUGGUGAUGGUGAAUUGCAGGGGGUGUUUGACUCUGGAUAUUAUCCCAGUAUGAUGCUAUUAUAUGUGUCUUAAGGCUAUCCAGUGAACAAAAAAGCCAGGGAAAAUAGGGUACCAUUUUACACUCACUUACUUAGGAAUAAUUCAUAUUGAAUUCACUUAGCUUUGCUUCUUUGUGCAUAAGAUUAGAAUGGCAGUGGUGUAAGAGCGCUUCUUGAAAUUAAUAUACAGAUCAUGAUUUGCCAGAAGUGAGAAGAAUUCUUACCACUUUCAGUGAAACACUAAUAUGGAUAUUAAUUCUAAUAUGGAUAUUCAUACUAAUAUGGAUGGAGCUGGAGAAGGAUUUCACUCACUAACCUUUAUUUAUGUUUCUUCUCCUUUAGGGUCUACCUUCAUUUGCAACACCCACAUCAUCCCAGUGAAAAAUCAAGACGGAGUGGCCAUGAUGUUUAUUAUUAGCUUUGAAUAUGUAACAGAUGAGGAUAAUAUAGAGUGUCCAGAGAAACUUAACCAGAUACUGGCAGCCAAAGUCACAAACCGAACUGAUUAAUACACAGCCAGAAUGGAAAAAGAAAUGGAAACAAAUAAGUUGGAAAAUGGAUCCCAUCUCCAGUUCUUUAUGGAAAAAAAGACUCCACCCAAGAUCAGCAAAACAGCAGUGAUAAAAAGCCAGCUGAGGAAAAACUGUUCCUGUAGCAGGGAAAGAAUGAAAAAAACAGUCAUGGACUUUUUCCCUGUGUUACAGUGGCUUCCCAAAUACAAGUGUAAAGAGUAUAUUUGGGGAGACAUUAUGUCAGGCUUGGUCAUCGGAAUCAUUUUAGUGCCGCAAGCAAUAGCCUACUCCCUGCUAGCAGGCCUGAAGCCAAUAUACAGUCUUUACACAUCUUUCUUUGCCAACAUUGUCUACUUUCUCAUGGGCACCUCCAGACACGUUUCAGUGGGCAUUUUCAGUUUAUUAAGCUUAAUGGUUGGACAAGUUGUUGACAGGGAACUGCUGUUGGCAGGGUUUGACCUCAACGAUGAUCCUCAUGAGGUCACUGGUGGCAGAAAUCCUUUGAAUGUCACCGUUCACAAUUUAACCCUCGGCACAAUGAGCAUGGAAUGUGGGAAAGAAUGGAGUCCUCGUGGACAACAAGUUAAACAUGAGCCAACAAUGUGAUGCAGCAGCUAAAAAAGCCAACGGGAUUUUGGCCUGCAUCAAUAGGGGAAUAGCGUCUAGAUCCAGGGAAGUCCUGCUCCCCCUCUAUUCUGCCUUGGUCAGACCACAACUGGAAUACUGUGUCCAAUUUUGGGCACCACAGUUGAAGGGAGAUGUUGACAAGCUGGAAAGCGUCCAGAGGAGGGCGACUAAAAUGAUUAAGGGUCUGGAGAACAAGCCCUAUGAGGAGCGGCUUAAAGAGCUUGGCAUGUUUAGCCUGCAGAAGAGAAGGCUGAGAGGAGACAUGUACAAAUAUGUGAAGGGAAGUCAUAGGGAGGAGGGAGCAAGCUUGUUUUCUGCUGCCCUGCAGACUAGGACACGGAACAAUGGCUUCAAACUACAGGAAAGGAGAUUCCACCUGAACAUCAGGAAGAACUUCCUCACUGUGAGAAGGGCUGUUCGACAGUGGAACUCUCUCCCCCGGGCUGUGGUGGAGGCUCCUUCCUUGGAGGCUUUUAAGCAGAGGCUGGAUGGCCAUCUGUCGGGGGUGCUUUGAAUGCGAUUUCCUGCUUCUUGGCAGGGGGUUGGACUGGAUGGCCCAUGAGGUCUCUUCCAACUCUACUAUUCUAUGAUUCUAUGAUUCUAUGAUUCUAUGCUAUGCCAUUGGGGUGGCUACAGCACUGACCUUCCUGGCUGGAGUUUAUCAGGUAAUGUCCUCCUCUACCACUUUCCAAUACUUAGGCAUUUGUUUAUGUAUGAUGGUUUAUAUUUUACUUCUGAGAAAGAGGGUUUUUCAAGGUGGCAGUAGAGGAAAAGAAGAAAGAACUGCUGUUUCGUUUGUGUUUCUUUUUUUAAAAAAGGGAUUUUUUUCCCAUGUCAGGAGCAACCGGAGUUGCUUCUGGAGUGAGAGAAUUGGCCGUCUGCAAGGACGUUGCCCAGGGGACGCCCAGAUGUUUUGAUGUUUUACCAUCCUUGUGGGAGGCUUCUCUCAUGUCCCCGCAUGGAGCUGGAGCUGAUAGAGGGAGCUCAUCCGCGCUCUCCCCGGGUGGGAUUCGAACCUGGCAGCCUUCAGGUCAGCAACCCAACCUUCAAGUCACGAGGCUUUUAUCCCCUAGGCCACUGCAGGCUCCUGGCUAAAAAGGGGAUUAGAUUAGUGUAACUUAUCAUACAUUCUUCUAUGUAUUUACGGCAUAUGAUGCUAAUAAACAAUGAUCUGGGAGAA